CAUAAAACUCAAAAAUCUAAUCAUUAUCUUUAGAUUAUUCCAACAAACAUCACCAGCAUAAACACUAUUUUUGGAUCAAACAGUUGGCGCUAGGACGAGGGGCACAAGGAGAAAUAUCAUCAAAACAUAUCAAAUUUGGGAGAAUCCUAGAUCUACCUUCACCCAAAUUAAUUUCUAAAAAAAAGAAAAAAAAGGGGGGCUUUCUCAUGAAAGCUUAGCCCACCAAAGAGCCCAAGAUUCUCAUCAUCGUCCCGUCUCGUCAAGGUGAGAACUGGUCGUGAUGAUCGGAUGAUUCCGAUCUGGGCAUCUCGUCUUCAUAGAUGACGAACUCGUCAAUUCGCUUCUCCACCACCACGUCGAGUUCAAUCACAUGCCGAACUCACCUUGAUCCACCGGUGACUGCUCGAGCUUCUUUCCAGUCCGUGAAGAAAACAGUAACGAUGAACCAAAUCAUCUCGUCACUUUGUCGUCUCUUCACCGUGGCAACCGCUCAUCUGACUUCAAAACCAAAGAAGAGCUUUCGGGGAGAAGUGGUCUGAGAUCUCCAUCCCCUGCCUUCACCGAACAUCAAGCGAGUGGGUCAGCUCAACAUCUCCAGACCAAAGAACUUCAAAGGCACGAGCUUUCUGUUCAAAAAGAGAUCUUUCUUGUAGGAUUUUAAUCGAACACUUGGUGGGCUAUAACAAGAUGAAGCAACAAUGGCCGUUUCUCUCUUUGUCGACUUCAGCCUCGACCUUGCCGACGAAGAUCACGAACUCGUCAACUUCGAAGAUUUCUGGUUGUGGCCGUGAGGAACAAUCAAUCAUCUCAUCACGGCGUCACCUCCUCACGAGGGUUCGAUCAGUGAAGCUAGCAGAACGGAGGGUGAUGAUCAACGCAUAAUGACAAGCUGACGUCAUGCCUUUAUCAAGCUCCUAGUUCGCCAUUUCGUGAACGUUAUAAGAGCACAUCAACGAGCUCUGUGGCAUUGGACAAGCUCAAGCUCAUUUGCCUUCUCUAGGGCAGCUCAAGUGUUUGCAAACAUCAGCUCUGUCUAUCUCUUCCUUACGAUGAGACCACUGUUUCUGCAAAGUGUGAUGUUCAGUUGCAGGUUUCUGCAAAAACAAAAGGCUUUGUUGCUUGCGAGCAGGCCUGCCGCAGCCGACUCAAUCUUCUCAAGAACAAAACGAGAUGGAAAUAGUGAGACGCUGCCUACAAGGAAGCUCGGCCUCCUAUGCUCCAUCAGUGGCGACGUCUUUAAGAUCCGCAACACCAAGGAGCCAGAGCUGGACACUCAAACACAGAUCCUAUCUUAUCUUGUUAUGACGUAACAAGAUCUUGAAACAACGUCGACGGUAACUUCUUCGCAAAGAUACAAACCACAACCUCGGACGCUUGUUUCCUCUUCACCGCAAAGAUAAGCUUUCUUAUUAAAUUACCACAUGCUUUAAUGAUUUUUAAAUUACGCACAUGUGGUAGACAUUAUAGCUCUGGUUUAAACUAAUUAAACAACUCUAAGCUGUUCAUUCAUCUCAUGUUGUGGUUUUACUGUUGGUAGCCUAUGAUGUUAAUAGUUUGAUAAUUAUUUAUCAUCUGCAACUCGUGAACAUUUAAAAACAAGUUCGCUUGCUUAUCAAUUAUACAGUACUUGGCUAUAUCUUUUGGUCAACACUCAUCUGAUCAUCAUAUUUUUCUUUGUGAGCCAGAAUCAAUUAGCAUGCUAGACAUGUGACACGCUCGGAUCAGUCUCUUGUCAUUGCGCCACAAAUGACAAGCCCAGAUUCUGAUUCUCACGAAGAGCUUACCGCAACCAGCACAAGCUUAAGACAAGAAGAGUUUGAUGAGAACAAGCUCUGGAGUUGACCUGCUGAUCUGCUCCUGCUCACGAUUAGAGGCUUAGGGAUUUCAGUUCCCGACACCACCAUCAUACAUUCUUGCUCUGCCUCUUGCUGCCAUUUCAUGACUUGGCUUGGGCUUGUGCUUAUGAGGAUUGGAGCUUGAGCACCCGCUUUGGCAUGCUCCAGCCUAUUACUGCCCAUGUUAUGAUUCUACUCAUCUUCACAAGAUCACUACGUGAGACAGCUCACCACUCCCGUUCAAAGUUCGUCGGCGACUCGGCACCAGUUCAACCCCAACAGUCGCGUGAGCGAUCACCUAUUAACAGAUCAGCACAACUUGCUGGUUCCAGUAACUCGGCGAGCAUCUUAAAGUUUGGUCUCACGAGCUCGCGAUCACAUGACAAGUUGAUAUCACUCAAAUUACCCUAAGGAGUGAUUUAUACUCUCUCAAAUAAGAGGUCGAGUUGUAGUACUUAGGGAUCGAAUUCACAGGGAGCUAGGGAACCAAAUAAAUCUAAUUAGUUUGAUUAAGCUAGGCUAAUAGGUUUAAAGCAGUAAAUAAAGAUAUGCAAAGCAGUAAACAGUAAACAAGUUGAACAAGACAAUUGUUCAGCUUGGCAAAGAGUUGUUUGAUGGAAGGAUGGUUACUAGACUUAGGGUUUCAUUCAGGUUAUUAGAACUCUAAACUAUAGAUUCUAAGGAUUGAUUCUAGAACUCGAUAUCUAAUGCAAAAGACAACCAGCUCUCGCUGUGAGUCUAAUCUAUUGACUAAGUUCAGUGUUUCAGCUCUCCAUGUUAACACAGUUCGAGCGUCGAUCGAUGCUAUGGUAUGAGCGUUGAUCGAUGCUACGGAUUGAGUGUCGAUCGAUGCUAUGGUAUAAGCGUCAAUCGACACUGCCUUAGGCAAGUGUUAUCGAUCUGAUCGAUUAUGUUCAACUAGAUUCCUAGACCAACUCUCGUAUGCACCUAGGUAUCUAAUCCAGCAGGAUUCGGGUUCCGUUAAUUGAUUGCACUCUCGUGCCUCUCAAUUGUCCUAUGAUUCUAGGUUCAAGCAAUUAGUCACACUCUCGUAGUUUUCCAACUACUCUAGAUCCUAGUAUUACAAGCUAUCCUGAUGUAGAGAUCUUUAGAUAUCCUAACAAUCAUAAAAUUCAGAAAUUCAUUCAAAACCCUAGAAAUUCCUAAACCUAGCAGGUGGAUCUACUCAUGCAUGAUGUUUGUCACAGAAAUCGUAGACGAAUAGAUGAAUAACAUAAAAUAUAACUAAAACCAAAAUAAUGGAGUUCCAAGAGGACUCUGAAGGAGUUCCUCUCUUCUAUCCGAACCAAGAACUAUGAAUAAAAUAAAGCUUAGAUAGCGUAGCCGUCAACAAUGGCUUAUAAAUAACAUAAAUAGAAUUUUUGGUCGUCCAAGGGUAUUCUGGUAAUUUUUGGUUGCUUUUGGGCUUCAGUCGGUCAUAAAAUAUGCUCAGCCCAUAUUAUGACAUCUCUGUCGACCGACACAAAUGUUGUUACAUCGAUUGACAGUCAUUCAUCUCCUUGACAGCUUCCUCUCGCGAGGCAGACUGACCACCCUUCAGUAAAACGGGCAUAACUUUUGCUACAUGAUGAUGAUUGACCUCAAACCGGUGGCAUUGGAAAGAUAACUCAAAGAUCUAUCUUGUAUCAAACGAUUAGCGUAAUCUAACGGUCGCAAGGUCUCCAAACAUAGCUAGACAUCUGACGAGUCUGUGCAGCUCUGCACUCAAAAGGCUCCAAAAGACACCAAAAUCACCACAUUCCUCCAAAUCGUCCUUGAACCUGUAAAUACUCUAAAUAGACUCUAUAUAGUAGUAAAUAUAUAUUAAAACAUUUAUAGACCAUGGCUAAAAGUGGGUAAAAUUCAUGGUCUAUCACAAGUUCGGAUUGAGCUUGGCUUAGGACAUGUUCACAAGCCAAGCCCUCUUUUACUCGCCACCAUUUCACAAGACGUCAUCACCGAAUCUGGAUAAUGCCGGGAACAAGAGCUCUCAUGCUCUCUUUGAUGCAUCGAAGGAACGUUAUCAUAGCCUGACGAACAUACAAGCCAACAACUUGCUCGGCACACACGAUCUCAACACGAGACUUCGGGCCGGCAAUAGUUCGGUAAACUUGUAUUUUAGGCACGAGUUUAAAUUGAACUUGCUUGUUAUUAGGCACGAGUUUGCAGUCGACUCGCUUAUUGUUAAGACACGAGUUUACAAAAACUCGCCUUUGGCUAGGCAUGAGUUUACAGAAACUCUCCUUAUACUUGGCACGAGUUCUCAGUAAACUCGUCUUUCUCUCAGCGUGAGUCCAGUAAACUCGUCUUUCGUUAAGCACGAGUUUAAAGAAAACUCGCCUUUUACUAGACAUAAGUUCAAAGUAAAUUCGCCUAAAUCGUCAUAGACAUGAAUGUGUCUAGUUGAUUGUCUAAUAAACCCUAUUCGUAAAAUUCAUAGAGAUCGACUUCAUCUCUCUCUACGAACUUGGGGGGCUUACUGUUGGGGGUGGAUUUACAUCCUCUCUCAAGGCUCAUUAGACAAUAAAUUAGGUUCAUUUUACUACGGAGCCUUAGCUUCUUCUUUGUAUAAAUAAAGAGAUACAUUUCUUUAAUCAAGUGAUCUUCUUUCCAUUUUAGACCUAGAACACAUCCUAUAAAUAUUUAUACAUUCUUUGAUUCACUUUACAUUAGAAAUCAUUUUUCUAAUACAAUCUUUUGAUCAAUAAAGUCUUUGUUCUUUUUUCUCAUUUGAUUCUUUCAAGAUUUCUGCUAAACCUCAAGAAUCUAAUUAUUAUCUUUAAAUUUUUUAUUGUAUGAUUCCAACAAACAUCAGCAGCAUUAGCAUCGUUUUUGGGUCAAACAUUGAUCAAUAUGAAAACAAAUAAAAAGUACCAGUCCCCACACACCACACAUCAGUAGAGAGAGAGACCAAACCAAACACAAUAAACCACUUAAAGACAUGAAAGAUCCUUGUUACUCAGUCAUUAUCUUUUGCUAUUUAUUUGCCUAGAUUAAAAGACAAUGAGGGAAGAGAGAGAAACAGGAAAUAAUGUAUUAUCAUGGCCUCUAAUCGGAGAGAAAGAGAAGAAAAGUAGUGUAAAAGAAGAAUUGAAGAAGCAGCUAUGGCUAUCGGGUCCACUAAUCGGCGUCAGUCUUCUUCAGUUUUGCCUUCAAGUCAUCUCUGUCAUGUUCGUCGGCCAUCUUGGCCCUCUUCCUCUUUCUGCUGCCUCCAUCGCCACCUCUUUUGCCUCCGUCACCGGCUUCAGUUUCCUCAUGGGAACAGCAAGUGCGUUAGAUACCCUUUGUGGCCAAUCAUUCGGGGCAAAGAUGUUUGGAAUGUUGGGGAUACAAAUGCAAAGAGCAAUGUUUGUUCUUACACUACUCUCUGUUCCUCUCUCCAUCAUUUGGUUUAACACAGAACACCUUCUUCUCUUCGUCGGACAAGACAAAUCCAUUGCUACACUCGCUGGCUCCUACGCAAGAUUCAUGAUCCCAAGCAUAUUUGCCUAUGGUCUACUUCAAUGCUUUAACAGGUUUUUGCAGGCACAAAACAAUGUGUUUCCUGUGGUCAUCUGCUCUGGAAUCACCACCUGUCUUCAUGUCCUCCUAUGUUGGGUCUUGGUUUUGAAAUCUGGUUUAGGUUUUAAAGGAGCUGCUGUGGCUAACACUAUCUCGUAUUGGCUUAAUGUCGUACUCUUGUUCUGUUACGUAAAGUUAUCGCCUGCUUGCUCACUGACUUGGAUCGGUUUCUCUAAGGAGGCUCUACACGACAUCCUCCCUUUUAUGAGACUUGCUAUUCCUUCUGCACUUAUGGUCUGCUUAGAGAUGUGGUCCUUUGAGCUUCUGGUUCUCUUAUCAGGACUGCUUCCAAAUCCGGUUCUCGAAACUUCUGUUCUCUCAAUUUGUCUUAAUACAGCAGGAACAGUAUGGAUGAUCCCGUUUGGGCUUAGUGGUGCUGCAAGCACGAGGGUGUCAAACGAGCUAGGAGCGGGGAAUCCAAGAGUGGCUAAGCUUGCGGUGCGUGUGGUCAUUUGCAUCGCAAUCGCAGAAAGUAUAGUGAUUGGAUUGGUUUUGAUACUGAUAAGGAAUAUAUGGGGAAUGGCUUACAGUAGUGAACCGGAAGUAGUCACCUAUGUAGCCUCAUUGAUGCCGAUUCUCGCCUUAGGCAAUUUUCUUGACAGUCUUCAGUGUGUUCUCUCAGGGGUUGCCAGAGGAUGUGGAUGGCAGAAGAUAGGAGCAUUCAUAAAUCUUGGGUCAUAUUAUUUUGUUGGAGUACCUUCAGGCUUGUUACUUGGUUUUCACUUUCACGUUGGUGGUCGGGGCCUUUGGCUUGGAAUCAUAUGCGCAUUGGUUGUUCAAGUUAUAUGUCUUUCACUUGUCACCGUCUUUACGAAUUGGGAUGAAGAGGCCAAGAAAGCAACAGAAAGAGUCGAGUCUUCUUCAGGUGUGAGGGAUGCUGCCAUCGAUAACGGGCCAACUGUUGUAUGCUGAGAGAUGUUAUGAAACUUUAUUAUAACGCUGGAGAGAAUCAAAGUCUGGCAGGCUCUCACAGGACAAAAAAUAUUCUCAUAUGCUUUCUUUCCUUUUUUGAUUUUAUGUACCCAAUCACUGUCGAAGUGUUCCUUCAUCUUCUUCAUCUCCCUUUUGUUCGUUUUCUCCUCCAAUGGAUCCAUAAUGCUAAUUCGUUAAUUAGAUCUCGGUUCGUGA